AUGACAGACUAUGAGCAGGAACUGGAAACUACAGAAAGUGAGCUGGCAGUUGUUGAAAUUGAGCUGCAAGACCUGCAGGAGAGAAGGAAUGUUUUGCUGGACAAAAUUGCUGAAUUGAAAGCUAUAUUGAGUCAGCAGGAAGACUGCAAAGAGCAGCAAAACAGCAAGGCAUGGGAUGGGACAGAUUUCCCAUGGACUCCAGCGCUGGAGAAGAUUUUAAGAAGUGUCUUCAAACUGAACAGCCUACGACCCAUGCAGAGACAGACAAUGAAUGCAACCCUCUCUAAACAGGACUGCUUGCUGAUCAUGCCAACAGGGGGAGGCAAAAGCUUGUGUUUUCAGCUGCCAGCCUUGGUGGAUAAAGGGCUUACACUUGUUGUAUCCCCAUUGGUAUCAUUGAUGGAAGAUCAGCAAAUGGCACUGGAACACUUGGGUGUGCCCUCUGCCAUGCUGAAUGCUGCCACUAGUAAAGGUGACUUAAUGCGCAUACAGGAUGACAUGGUGAAGCCCAAUGGAGAGCUCCGGAUUUUGUACGUAACACCAGAAAAACUAGCCAAGAGUAAGCGUUUCAUGAACCGCCUAGAAAAAUGCUAUGCUGUCGGACAUCUAGCUCGGAUUGUCAUCGAUGAAGUUCACUGUUGCUCUCAAUGGGGUCAUGACUUUCGGCCAGAUUACAAGUUCCUAGGUAUUAUGAAACGGCAGUUUCCUGGUGCUCCAAUUUUGGGUCUUACAGCCACAGCCACUAUCAAAGUUUUGGAGGAUGUGAAAAAAAUUCUCAGCAUCCCAAAGUCUCUGCUAUUUAAGGCAUCUUUCAACAGGCCAAACUUGUACUAUGAGGUUUAUGAGAAACCCAGCACACAGAAAGAUUUUAUGGAUGAACUAUAUCGUCUGAUCUCACGUCGGUUUUCCGGACAGUCUGGUAUCAUUUACUGCUUCUCUCGUAAAGACUCUGAGGAAGUCACCUCGGAUCUACAGUCUCGUGGAGUCAAAGCUGGCUGCUAUCAUGCGGAUGUGGAUGCUGCAUCUCGCAGCCGGGUUCAUCGCAUGUGGUUGUCAGGGGAAAUUAAGAUUGUUGUAGCAACAGUGGCAUUUGGAAUGGGUAUAGAUAAACCAGACGUCCGAUUUGUCAUACACCACAGCCUUAGCAAGUCUAUGGAAAAUUUGUAUCAAGAGAGUGGCCGGGCAGGUCGGGACGACCAGCGGUCAGACUGUAUAGUUUUCUACCGGCUAGCCGAUGUGGCCCGACAGAGUUCUAUGGUGUUCACUGAAAUGACUGGGCUCCAGAAUCUGCAUGGAAUUGUCAGAUAUUGCAUUGAUGUGAGCAGCUGCAGGCGUUCUUUAAUAGCCCACCAUUUUGGUGAGAUGUGGGACAGUUCUCAUUGUAACAAUAUGUGUGACCAUUGUGACAAGUCACGGAACAAAGGAAGUAUAGAGAAGAAAGAUGUGUCCAAGUACUGUGUGGAUGUGCUGUCCAUCCUGAGAGCUGCUGCUGACACUGACCAGAGGAUGACCACAGCCAAACUGGUAGAUGCUUGGUAUGGACGCGGUGCUGCCAGUCUUAAAGUUAAAUCUGUAGCCGUACCACCUUUUAGUAAAGAAACGGCCGAGAGGGUGUUGGCUCACAUGUUGAUUCAUGACUAUCUACAAGAAGACUUCCAUUUUACGGCUUACAGCACAAUAUGCUACAUUGUACCAGGUUCAAAGGCAAAGCUACUGCAGAACAACUCAGCUAAAAUCCUCAUGGACUUUCAAGUUAAAACUGCAAAAAAGGCUUCAGUAGAUGUUCCAAAUAACAGUUCAGCUGUGAGCUCACCAUCUGCCACGAAACCAUUGAUAUCUGGUGAUUCUUCAGCAUUAUCAGUCAGCAAGAGAACCCCAUCCUCGGCAUCCAAAGGGGCCAGUACUAAAGAGAAGCCCAAGCUAGUCAUUGUGAACAAAGAUAAGUCAUUCUUGAAUGAUUCCACCUCUUCUGUGUCUGAUCAAGCAUCACACAACAAAGACAACACAAAACAGAACUGUGUCCUGAAAAAGAGUUCCACAUAUCCCAAUAGCAAAACAGCAACCAACAAACAAACGGAUGACAAAUUUAAUGGUCUGAGUAUUAUUGACAAUUGUGAUUUAAAUUUUGGUGAUUCUGAUGAAGGGAAUUUCAAACAGAUACCAAAGAAAGCAAGAAGAACAGCGGAGAGAGUUCAUUCUGCCAAGAAAUUUGAGAAAUCAGUGUCAGCAAUCUCAUCUUUGAACUCUGAUAGACGACCGGAGAAGAGAAAAAAGAAAGCAUAUUCAUAUUUUCCUGAAAGUGACUCUGACGACGCAGAAGACCAAGACAGUGAUAGGAAACGAAUGAAGCAGUCUUUCAGUGAAAUACAAACAGGAAAUGAAGUAGACGCUUUAGUGCUUCAACAGGAUCCACCAAAGAAACAUGGUCCUAUAAUUGUGAGUGAUGAAGACGAUGAUUGA